AUGCGCGAUCAGAAGAUGCGUGAGUACAUGAAGGCUUAUGAAGCACAACAGAAACAGUUGCAAUCACUGAAGAAAAGUGGUAAAAGUUCGAAGCAAGCGAAUGAAGAGAUAAAGUCGCGUUUACAAAACAAACAGAAUAAAGCGACGAAAUCAAAGAAAACUUCUGCAGCAAUGGGCGAUGAAGAAGCGGAGCCUCCAGCAGAGUUGUUGCAAAAGAUGAAAGAGUACAAUGUGAAGUUUGCGUUCCCAGAUCCACCGAAGUUACCGCCGCCAGUUCUUGGAUUGCACAGUGUCAGCUUCGGCUAUAAGGAUCAAGAACUGUUCAAAAAUCUGGAUUUUGGUGUGGAUAUGGACUCACGUAUUGCUAUCGUUGGGCCGAAUGGGGUUGGCAAAUCCACACUGCUCAAACUUUUAUGUGGUAAACUUGAACCGCAAGAAGGUGAGAUGCGGAAGCAUCGACAGUUGCGAAUCGGAUGGUUUGAUCAGCAUGCGAACGAAGCACUGAAUCAAGAACAAUCGCCGAUUGAAUAUUUGGGUUUGAAAUUCCAAAUCGAAUAUCAGGACGCAAGGAAACGUCUUGGUACAGUGGGUUUACCAGGACAUACGCAUACGGUGAAGAUUAAGGAUUUGUCUGGUGGUCAGAAAUCGAGAGUUGCGUUGGCUGAAUUGGCGUUAGGCGCACCGGAUAUUUUAAUAAUGGACGAACCGACGAAUAAUCUCGAUAUUGAGUCAAUUCAUGCACUGGCCGAGGCAGUGGAAGCGUUUGGUGGAGGUGUCGUCAUGGUGACUCACGACGAGCGUUUGAUUCGUGAGACGAACUGUCAACUGUGGAUUGUUGAAGAUCAUAAUGUCGCUGAAAUCGAUGGCGAUUUUGAUGAAUAUCGUAAAGAGAUUUUGGAACAACUCGGUGAAACUCUUACGCCUCCACAACCGUGA